AUGAUACCGGCUCGUUCGCUCCCCAGCGCCGCCGACGGCGAGGCUGAUGACCAGUCCAGUUUCGACGACGACGUCUCGUCCGCCGGCGCGGGCUUCUCUCGACUGCCCGCUGAGCUUCGCCUCAAGAUAUGGUCCUGCUCGGUGGAGCCGCGCAUCGUCAUUCUGGACGAUCUUGUCCAUAAGCCAAAGUCGUAUCCCAUCCCUGUUGUUACUCGCCUAAACGCGGAGGCUCGCAUCGAGACUAGAGAGGGCUACGAGCCGGUUGGCCGGGGUUCUCACAUUCACUUCGCCAGAGACAUACUGGUCUGUGAUCCCAACAUCGCUGACCAGAGCUCCAACACCCCCCUAGAGGAGCUGGCCCCGCUAGUCGAGAGGCUUGCCUUUUGGGACUGCUUCCCUGACGAUGGACGCAUCGAGGGGCCGAACCACUACUCCGCUUACCUGGAGAGGAUGUACCCCCAGGAGCGCCCAGGCAAAGUCGAGUUUGACAAGUUUUGGUUCCCAAACUUGAAAGACCUGUGGAUUGUCAAGAUUGGCGAGGUGGACAGGUCCUGGAUGGUCGGCGUGGACCAGAACCUGCCCUACGACGUGCGUCUGCGAAAGACUGCCCGGCAGUUCCGGUACUGGAUCGAUGAGAACAUUGUCGAGAUUGCGCCCUUGGACCUGGACGAGCCGGAAACCAAGGCCGUCCUGCGGCAAGGGCGAUGUGGCAAGGAGGAUUGUCAGGCGCUCAACCAUGGACGGUCCAAGAUGGUUUCCAAAGUCAUUUUCAUGGACGGCAAGUAUCGUUCCAUGGAAGGCUCCGAAGGCUGGCAGCGCAUCCUGCCGUGGUCCACUAAGCUGGCCCAGGCCACAGAGAAGGACACUUCAGAAAACAGAAUGAGAUGGAUCAUUGUGGAGAGGAUACUGACCUUUUCGCUGCGGUGGGAGGGCCCCGAUGACGAGGUAGUCACCUCGGCACGACGAAAAGUACCGGAGAUGCCUACACGACAGAUGGUGUUUGGGACAAGAUAG